CCGGCGGCUAAACUCGCAAAAAAACCCCUUCCCCUCUUCCCCCGAGGGUACUGCAUGUAAACGACUUGACCUCGACGUCUCCCGUAGAACUCUCUGCCCUUGCGACGGUCGAGCACCCAAGACGAAAGGAUGGCCUCAACACAGAUCGAGAGCUCGCACGCAGUGCCGAUGUCCGCGACGGUGUCUACAGCUCACUACCGCUCGUCGAAGCGGCCCGUCCCGACCGAUCUCAAGGGCAAACCGAUCCCUCAGAAAGAAAGAUGGUUGUACGCGACAACAGCCCUCGGUGGCAACGGAUCAAAGCUUCGCUCUCUGACCGCCAACAUUGUUCUCAUCUCGUCGUUCGUACUCUUCAAUUCUUCCUCGUAUGGUCGCAGUGUGUACGACAACCUCGAGCGCACCUAUGGAGAGUACAACUUGAAUCUAUGGGGUACCUUUAUCAUCACGUCUGUCUUCUUCUGGGUCUGGGGUGCCGUCUUCGCACUCCCGGACCUGACGGGAUGGCCAAGAUGGUUGUUCCAAUACAAGACCCAGCCCUUUGUUCGCGUGAGCGGACGAGAUUACUUGCGCAUAUUUGCCAUCGGGCUACGGAACCAGUUCCUCGUCGCCCUACCCCUCAUCUUCCUCACCGUUCAUGUCGGCCAAAUCAGGCCAGUCAGCUCGGCUGCGCUGCCAGGCCCAUUCCGGACCGUCGCCACCGUCAUCUUCGACAUGCUCUGCACAGAAGUCGGCUUCUACUACAUCCAUCGGUCGUUUCACUCCAAGCGUCUCUAUUCCCUGUUCCACAAGCAGCACCACGAGUUCAUCGCGCCCGUGGGAAUAGCCUCGACGUACUGCACGAUUACGGAGCAUGUCUUCUCGAACCUAUUGCCCAACGUCCUCGGCGCGCUGAUUGUGCCGCAUCACUGGGCACAGCAGGUUUUCAUCUUUGUCUCCCUCGAGUUUGGGACGAUCUGCGCUCAUUCUGGCUACAACAUCCCAUGGAUGUCCUCCAAUCUGCAGCACGACUUCCACCACUUUGCCUUUGACGAAAACUUUGGGCCGACGGGGCUGCUGGAUGCGUUUCACCAGACCAACGCCAAGUACAAGAAGACGCUGCAGGAGGCUAGGCAAAGGACGGACGGAGAUGAGGAGCGAGCGAGGCGGAUCGUUCUCGAGAGACUCGCAACUAUCGAAAGCGAAGAUGCGGCAGCCAAGCGCAAGUGA